AUGAGUACUUUCAUACAAAACGUGCAUAUAAAAGAUGGAGAAUAUACAAAGACAAUUUAUACAAUGAUUAAAGAACAAAGAUAUGCAGAAACAAUAAAAGUUUUAAUUACGCUUCUAGAUUCCUACACUUCUUCCAGGCCUUGUUUAUCUCUUCUUGCUCAUUGUUAUUUUUAUACACAAGAUUUUAUAGCCUCUGCACAAUGUUAUGAGAAAUUAGUUCAAUUGUGUCCAGAUGAAAAUAUAUACAAAUUAUAUCAUGCUCAAUCUUUACAUCAAGCAUGUAUGUACCAAGAGGCUUGGACAAUAUGUUCCAAUAUUGUAAAUCAAAGUAAUUUGGAAUUUAAAGUAAAAAAACUACAGGCAGCAAUAAAGUAUGGGCAAGAGGAUAUGGUGGCUGCAAAAAAUCUUGUUGAUCAAUGUCAAACAGAUGAUGUUGACACAGAAAUUAAUUUAGGAUGUCUUUUAUAUAAGGAAGAGCAGCAUGAACAGGCUUUGAAAAGAUUUUCAAAUGCAUUACAAAUUGCUGGUUUUAAACCCCAUUUAUCAUAUAAUGUAGCACUUUGUUAUUUCAAAUUGAAAGAGUUUGCUGCAUCAUUAAAACACAUUGCUGACAUUAUUGAACAAGGGAUAAAAGAACACCCAGAAUUAGGAGUAGGAAUGACUACAGAAGGUAUAGAAGUACGCAGUGUUGGAAAUACAUUAACACUUCACGAGACAGCUUUAACAGAGGCAUUCAACUUGAAAGCAGCAAUUGAAUAUCAAUUACAAAAUUACGAAGCAGCUAAAGAAGCAUUAACAGAUAUGCCUCCUAGAUCCGAAGAAGAACUCGAUGCAGUUACUUUGCACAAUCAAGCCUUAAUAAAUAUGGACACAAAACCAAGCGAAGGAUUUGAAAAACUUCAAUUUUUAUUGCAACAAAAUCCAUUUCCGCCUGAAACAUUUGCUAAUUUAUUGCUAUUAUAUUGUAAAUAUCAAUAUUAUGACUUAGCUGCUGAUGUUCUAGCUGAAAAUGUGCACUUAACUUAUAAGUAUUUAACACCGUAUUUAUAUGAUUUUUUGGAUGCAUUAAUUACGCAACAAACUUCGCCCGAAGAAGCAUAUCGCAAAUUUGACGAUCUUGGUAAUAAACACAUGGAGGUAUUGAGAAAAGCGACAAAACGGGUUCAAGAAGCAAGAUUAAAUCACGACGAUAAUGCUGUUAAAAAAGCAGUAAAUGAUUAUGAAGAAGCUUUGGAGAAAUAUGUGCCCGUUUUAAUGGCGCAAGCUAAAAUCUAUUGGGAACUUGGAAAUUAUACGCAGGUCGAAAAAAUUUUUAGAAAAAGUGUAGAAUUUUGCAACGAACAUGAUGUAUGGAAAUUAAACGUCGCUCAUACCCUAUUUAUGCAAGAAAACAAAUUUAAAGAGGCAACGGGGUUCUACGAACCAAUUGUCAGAAAAAAAUAUGACAAUAUUUUGGAUGUAAGCGCUAUAGUUCUUGCUAAUUUAUGUGUAAGUUAUAUUAUGACGACGCAAAAUGCAGAAGCUGAAGGAUUAAUAAAGAAAAUAGAGAAGGAAGAACAAGCGGUGUCGCGAGAGGAUCAAGAUAAAAAAUUGUUUCAUUUGUGCAUUGUAAAUUUAGUAAUUGGUACAUUGUACUGUUCUAAGGGGAAUUACGAGUUUGGAAUAUCUAGAGUAAUGAAAAGUCUUGAACCUUAUAAUAAAAAGUUAGGAACAGAUACUUGGUUUUAUGCGAAGAGAUGUUUUCUGUCUCUUUUGGAACAACUGGCCAAACAAUUGGUAGUUUUAAAAGAUACUACGUUGCAAGAAUGUAUACAAUUUUUAGAACACUGUGAAGUUUACGGAAGGGACGUGAGAACGGUAGUAGAACAACCCAUCGACAUGCAAGAUAUGCUUUCCAUUACUCCACAGGGUAAACAAACGGUCGUCUAUGAAGCGCGUUACUUGAAAGCUUUAUUUUUAAAACUACAAAUGUCUUAA